AAAUUUAGGUUAACCUCAAAUUUUGUACAUCAAAUAUUUCAAUCAAGUCGUGAAGCCAAGGGGGUAUGUAGAUCAUGCCAUCACCGAUAAAUCACUCAUAAAUUUCAUCUGCUGCAAUUUCUCUCCAUUGGUCAUAAAGUUAUUAGUGAGAAAUACAAUUUGGAAGAUUGAUCUAUAAAUUUUGGGCCUGCAGAAUCAAAGAACUUGAAAAUAGAUAAAUGUUUUAAUAUUUUUUAAAAAUUUAAAUCAGUCAAAGAAUUAAAUCAGGUGUAAAAAGUUGACUUAGUCAUAUAUAGAAAUACCAUUGUUCUAAACUAUUUAUGAUUCAAAGGUCAUUAGGAGCACUGAGUGUCAAGGUGAACUUCUCUAGUUGUAGAGUGCUGGAAAAAUUUAAUGAAGUAAUAAACCGUUGAGUAUAAGUUAUAAGUGGGGAAAUGAUUUCAACAAAAGCAAUCAUUUAAAUUCUGAACCUGUGCAAGUAACAAGUUACUUUUUAGUUUUGUGUUGAGUUUCCUCAAAAGUUAUAAUGGAAAUUAGUUUUUUUAAAUUCAAUCUCUACAUUACACUACUAUUUGUGCUGAUAGAUUUAUCAAUUAGUGCAGUAAUGAGAGAAAUAAACAAUUCUAAUAGCACCAUUUAUGAGCAAGGCUUAUACUCUUUGCAAGAUGAAGUGGAAAUCUUAACAAAUCAAAAUUUCAAUAAAUCAAUUUUUGGUAGUGAACGAGCAUGGAUGGUAGAAUUUUAUAGCAAUUGGUGUGGAUAUUGUCAAAGGUCUGCUCCAAUAUAUAAAGCUUUCGCAGUUGAUGUAAAGAAUUGGAAUGAUUUAGUAGGAGUUGGAGCCCUGGAUUGUGCAAAUGAAGAGAAUUCACCUGUUUGCACUUAUUAUGGAAUAUCGAAGUAUCCCACAUUCAAAUACUUCCCUGAACAGUUUAUGGCAGAUUCAGAAAACUUAGGAAUUCGAUUAGAAGCAGACUCCCAUACAAAUGUAAGCGAACAUAGAAGAAAUCUUGUUACUCAUAUGGUGAAAGAACAAUUUGAGGGUAGAGGUAAAAUGCUUCCCAAUUUGAAACCCUUCAAUUACACAGAUAUUUCUAAAAUAUUUGAAACACAACGAGGUAAUCCAAUCUAUGCAUUUUUAAUUGUACAAGAACCACAUGAUGACGUUGGGGCUUCCAUCACUAUGGAUUUCCAUGAAGUUAAAGAUAUAGUGGUGAGGUAUUCUUAUGUCAAUGAUACAAAGCUCAAUAAAGACCUCUUUCCUGCUUUGUAUGCCUUAGAAAAAGGGGGUAUAUUAGAAUUUCUGAGUAUACCAUCAGCAGCCAGAGAGGGCUUUCAGAUGAAAAUCAGUCAAUAUUUAAUGGCAAAAAAUGUUACUGUUCCUAAGUUUUCUACUAGCCUUAACUUGAGUGGAAAUAGGACCAAGCCACAAUCAUUGAAUAUUUCUGACAAUGAAGUUCAACUGAGAGAAAAAAUCAGGCAGAUGGGAGAUGUUGUUUUUCAAGUGGAUUUUGAGAGUGUUCUUCGCCAGUCUUUGAAACAAGAGGUGGGCAGAGUAAAAGAAGUCACAUUGGAAAAACUUGAAGCACUCAAAAAAUAUAUAAGCAUUCUAGAGAAAUAUUUUCCUUUUGGUGAAAAUGGGAAGAAACUUUUAUCCAAGAUUAAAAGUGAUGUAUUUUCGAAUGAAACUGUGAAAGGUACAAGUAUCAGUAAAUUGGUGAAAGAUGCCGAACAUCCUAGUCAGCGAGUUUUUUCUUCUUCAAAGCAGUGGUUGGCAUGUAGAGGUAGUACUCCUCAUUCUCGUGGUUAUCCUUGUGGUAUGUGGAAGCUGUUCCAUUACUUAACGGUGAAUGUAGCAAAUUGUGAAUCUAUGAAAAAAAAUUCGAAUCCCAAAGUUGUAUUGGAAGCUAUGCAUGGCUACAUCAAAUAUUUUUUUGGCUGUGAGGAUUGUAGCAACCAUUUUUUAGAAAUGGCAGAAAGGCGCAGCUUGAAUAAGGUUGCUUCUUGGAAUGAAAGUAUUCUUUGGUUAUGGAGAGCACACAAUGAAGUAAACAAUCGAUUAUCUGGAGAUACUACAGAAGAUCCAGAGUAUCCUAAAGUGCAGUUCCCUACAGCAGAUCAUUGCCCUCACUGUUAUGAAGAAGACCAUUCUUGGAAUGAAGCUGAGGUUCUCUCUUACCUUCAGACAAUGUAUGACAAUGAAAAUAUAAAAUAUAUGGGUGUUGAUCCACAAGUUCUUCACUUGGACAUGUUGCCAAGUUCGGCUUCCAUCAGUCUUCAAGUGGCAAAUGUUUAUCUGGUACUGUCAGCAUCUCUGGUUUUAUGGAGUUUGAGAAGAGGAUAAUCAUCAUUCAGUAAUGUUUAAUAUACAAGUUAAUAUUUCCUCAGAUAUAUAAUAACUAAUUAUGAACUUUCAUGUACUAGAUGUCAGUAUUAUGGAAAAAGCCUUUUUUUAUUUUUUUGACCUCAAUAUACUCAGUGAUAACAGUUAUAUAUUCCUUUUACUCAUUUUUGAAACAUUUUUUUAUAUUGCUUAUUUUUAUACACAUUUUGUAUAUUUUAUAUAAUUUGUCAAAAAUUAAAUGCAUGCUUCCUUAUGUACUUUUUACAUUAUUCAGAUGCAUUUAUUAAAAUAUUACCCUUUGUGAUAAAACGUGACUUAAAAUGAAUAAUAAAAUAAAUGAUUUUUAAAAUAAA